CCGCUGGAUUGCAGAAACGACGUACAAGGGGGCGCACUCACACACGUCGGUUCCGUGGGCCCCCGUCAAGUCGGACUCAUCAUCUUCGAUCCCCAUGGCGAACGACGGCGACUCGGAGCCAUGGCCGACACUGGGCGUGAGCCCCACCAAGCCAAAGUGGGGCCUGGCGCAUGUCGAAACCUUACUGCGGGAGAAGAUCCUCGAGCGCACCAAGCUCCACGACGGCAAGUUUGUGUACCAGCAAGCGUACCGUCUUUUGGAAGUGAAUCGGGGCAAAGGAAUCGACUUUGCAUCGUUUCGACACGCCGUCAAGGUCACGUUGGCACUCGAUGUGAGUGACGAUGACAUGACGGCCCUCUUUCGCAAGUACGACCGAGACGGAAACGGCACGAUCGAGCUGUACGAGUUUAUCGACCGCGUGUUGCCGCAGGACUACGACCCGAACGUCCAGUCGUGGGUCGAAAAGAGCGUCGAGCGCAGCGACGCCCAGUUCGAAGCAAUGCGAGAAGCCGACCGCAGGGCCUUCCUCGGCAGUCGAACGUUCCAAGACGCAGACAACUGCCGACGCUCCGUCGACGACAUCCGCCGCGACAUUUCGUGCAAGUUGCAGCAACGCAUUCCCAAGUGCAUCGAUCGGUUGCGGAGCGCGUUCAAGUUGCUCCACAGUGGCGCCAAUGCGCCCAUGUGCGCACUGGACUUUCGCCAAAGUGUUCGCAAUACGCUCGGCAUUGCCCUCACCGAAGAACAGACGCACGGGCUUCUCCAGCCGUACAUGAACGCUUUGGACGGCACAGUCGACGUUCAAGCACUACUCCAGAGCUUGUUCCAAACCGAGAAUAAAGUCCAGCCGUCCGAGUUGCGCGAUGGUUUGUUCGUCGAAGUCGACGCAUCCAUUCCCGAGACGCCCCACUACGGCAAGCGCCACAUCGUGCCGGGCAAAGGAGAGCCCAUGCCUGACCGGUACCAGAAGCGCGUGCAUGGUUAUUUCAAAACAAAACACAAAAACUCAAAUCCGCUGCAGCUCCAGAAACCCCCGCCGCCUCGACGACGUACGACCACCAAGUUCCAAGUGCCGUCAGUGGCGACUAAAGGGGGUCGCCAUUCUGUCACUACCCCUUUGACUGGUUUACUACCUGUCGAGCCAUCCAAGCCACCAGCUAUGGCCCGAUCCUUUUGGGCACGGAUAAAGCCGUCUCUGCCCGCACGACCUGGCCCAACCCCGCCGGAAGACGUCACGAAACCCAACACUCGCCCCACCGUGGAAUGCAGUGGCCAUGGCUCAAUCGUCGCUGUAGCAACUACGACCCAUCGAAGGCCGUCGCCUCGGUUAAUGUCCCCCGUGCGUGUCGGUCCACAACCUGCGGACGCCGCGGCAUUGGCCCAUUCGAUCAACGCGUUGCACGUGGACUACGAAGUGCCUCGAGUUGCCGUGAGCCAUCCGUUGCAACUCUCGGCCAUGCCGUACAAAUCCAACAAACCAAAUUGGCGCAUCAGUGAAAACACCUUCUCGUGUCGAUAAACACAACAUAUCAAUAUGCGCUUGAUGUGUUGGCGUGAAGCGACGACAUGUCCAGUCGAUGGCGCGGGGUUCGUGCUCGGCCAUGUCGCCGUGCACCAAGCAGAUGAAGAUUGCGUCCAUAUUCAAAUCUUCUUGACGUCAGGCCUGCCGCUGAUGUCUUAAGCGCGCUUUGCGGGCACCGACCGACAUCGAACUGUGGCGACCCUCGGCCACUGUGAAGCAAUCUAGGAAGCAGUUACGACAAUUUGGGAAGGAAGGGUUUCAGUUCUGC